AUGUCUGGCCACCCGCACCCUCAGGGUGCCCAGCAGGACCACUAUGACGAUGGCUACGGCGGCCACGGCGGCCACGGACACGGCCAGGGCGAUGCCUACUACCACGACCAGCAAGGAGGAGCAUACUACGACCAAUAUGAUUAUCCCCAAGGCCAGCACCAACAGGGUGAUGGCUACUAUGACAGAGCUGAUCAUUACAGUGGCGAUCCUCAGCACUAUCCUCAGGAUGGCUACUACGACAACAACCAACAGUACUACCAGGACGACUACUACGACAACCAGUACUAUGAUCAAGGAGCGGGGGACCACAACCAGGGUCGUGGAAGACGUCGCCCACAUGACUCGGAGGAAGACUCGGAGACGUUCAGUGACUUCACCAUGAGGUCUGAUGCCCGUGGUGGUGACGGCGAGUACUAUGGCCGUGGUGAUGAACGAUACAACAGCUACAGCGAGAGCCAGAUGGGAGGACGAGGCUACCGACCCCCGUCUUCUCAGAUUUCCUACGGCAAUCGAUCGUCCGGAGCUGCUACCCCCAUCUACGGAACUGAUGCUCUCCCAAUGGGCCAAAGAUCCCGCGAGCCAUACCCUGCCUGGACCUCUGACGCUCAGAUCCCGCUCUCGAAGGAGGAGAUCGAAGAGAUCUUUUUGGACUUGGUCAAUAAAUUCGGUUUCCAGCGUGACAGCAUGCGUAACAUGUAUGAUCAUUUCAUGGUACAGCUCGACUCGAGAGCUUCCCGCAUGACUCCCAACCAGGCCCUGCUCUCCCUCCACGCCGACUACAUUGGUGGUGAAAAUGCCAACUACCGUCGUUGGUACUUUGCCGCCCAUCUUGACCUUGACGACGCUGUUGGAUUUGCCAACAUGAAACUUGGAAAGACCAACAGGCGUACUCGAAAAGCCAGAAAGGCCGCCAAGAAGAAAGGCGGAGAUGAGCAGAAGGAUGAGGCCGAGACGUUGGAAUCUCUAGAAGGCGAUAACAGUCUCGAGGCUGCGGAGUACCGAUGGAAGACCAGGAUGAACCGCAUGUCUCAGCAUGACAGAGCCCGCCAGAUUGCUCUAUACCUGCUCUGCUGGGGUGAAGCUAACCAAACCCGAUUCAUGCCCGAAUGUCUCUGCUUCAUCUUCAAGUGCGCCGAUGACUAUCUGCGCUCUCCCGAAUGUCAGAAUCGUGUUGAGCCUGUUCCGGAGUUCACCUACCUUAAUGAUAUUAUCACUCCAUUGUACCAGUACUGCCGUGAUCAGGGUUACGAAAUUGUCGAUGGCAAAUAUGUCCGCCGUGAACGUGAUCAUGCCCAGAUUAUUGGUUACGAUGACUGCAACCAGCUGUUCUGGUACCCAGAAGGCAUUGAGCGCAUCGUCUUGGAGGACAAGACUCGCUUGGUUGACGUUCCACCAGCUGAACGAUGGAACAAGCUCAAGGAUGUCAACUGGAAAAAGGUGUUCUUCAAGACUUACAAGGAAACCCGCUCCUGGUUCCACAUGGUGGUCAACUUCAACCGUAUCUGGAUCAUUCACGUCACUGCUUUCUGGUUCUACACUGCCUACAACUCUCAGUCUCUCUACACCAAGGGCUAUACACAGCAAGAAAAUCAAUCCCCACCAGCUGCUGCCAUCUGGUCUGCUGUGGGUCUUGGUGGUGCCAUUGCUGCUUUUAUUAAUGUCUGGGCUACACUCGCUGAAUGGUGCUAUGUUCCUCGCCAAUGGGCCGGAGCACAGCAUCUGUCAAAACGACUUCUUUUCCUGCUUGCUGUGUUCGCUGUCAAUCUUGGACCCAGUGUUUACGUCUUCUUCAUCAGUAAGGAUGCAGGCAAAGAUAAGAUCGCGCUCGCUCUCGGAAUUGCCCAAUUUUUCAUUGCCUUGAUCACGUUCGUCUUCUUCUCAGUAAUGCCACUUGGCGGCCUCUUUGGAAGUUAUCUUAAGAGAAACUCUCGCCAAUACGUUGCUAGUCAGACAUUCACUGCAAGCUACCCUCGACUCAAGGGCAAUGAUAGAUGGAUGUCCUACGGACUAUGGGUUUGCGUCUUCGGAGCCAAACUUGGCGAGUCUUAUGUCUUCUUGACUCUUUCGCUGAAAGAUCCAAUCCGAAUUCUGUCGAACACGAAGAUCGGUAUCUGCCAUGGUGAUGAGAUAUUGAAGGAUCUUCUUUGCAAGUACCAGCCACAAAUCCUCCUUGGACUCAUGUUCUUCACUGAUCUAGUCUUGUUCUUUUUGGAUACCUAUCUGUGGUACAUUAUCUUGAACGCAAUCUUCUCCGUUGCGCGAUCUUUCUACCUCGGUGUUUCGAUUUGGACACCCUGGAGAAACAUUUUCUCCCGUCUACCCAAGCGUAUCUAUUCCAAGGUCCUUGCCACCACGGAUAUGGAGAUCAAGUAUAAGCCCAAGGUUCUUAUCUCGCAGGUGUGGAAUGCCGUUGUCAUUUCUAUGUAUAGGGAGCAUCUCCUUGCCAUCGACCACGUUCAAAAGCUACUCUACCACCAGGUCCCAUCCGAGCAGGAAGGAAAGCGUACUCUCCGAGCACCAACUUUCUUCGUUUCACAGGAAGAUCACUCCUUCAAGACCGAGUUCUUCCCACCUCUUAGCGAAGCUGAACGCCGUAUUUCUUUCUUUGCUCAGUCUCUGUCUACUCCAAUUCCUGAACCCGUCCCUGUCGAUAACAUGCCAACUUUCACUGUUUUGAUUCCCCAUUACGGUGAAAAGAUUCUCUUGUCCCUCCGUGAGAUUAUUCGUGAAGAUGAGCCAUACUCUCGUGUUACCCUGUUGGAAUAUCUCAAGCAAUUGCACCCACACGAAUGGGACUGCUUCGUCAAGGACACCAAGAUUCUAGCUGAUGAGACCUCCCAGUUCAAUGGAGAUGACGAGAAGAAUGCUAAGGAUGCCCAGAAAAGCAAGAUUAACGAUCUUCCAUUCUACUGCAUUGGUUUCAAGUCUGCCGCUCCUGAGUAUACCCUCCGAACACGUAUUUGGGCUUCCCUCCGUUCUCAAACUCUUUACCGCACCAUUUCUGGAUUUAUGAACUACAGCCGUGCUAUCAAACUGUUAUAUCGUGUUGAGAAUCCCGAAGUUGUCCAAAUGUUUGGUGGUAACUCUGAUAAACUAGAACGUGAACUUGAGCGCAUGGCUCGCCGCAAAUUCAAGAUUUGUGUUUCCAUGCAGCGUUUUGCCAAGUUUAACAAGGAGGAACGUGAAAAUACCGAGUUCUUGCUUCGCGCCUACCCAGACCUUCAGAUCGCUUAUCUGGAUGAAGAACCCCCGGUUAAUGAAGGUGAAGAACCAAGACUGUUCUCUGCUCUUAUCGACGGACACUCUGAGAUCCUGGAAAAUGGGCUUCGACGACCUAAGUUCAGAGUCCAGCUCUCUGGUAACCCGAUUCUUGGUGAUGGAAAGUCUGAUAACCAGAAUCACGCGAUUAUCUUCUACCGUGGUGAAUACAUUCAGCUUAUCGAUGCCAACCAGGACAAUUAUUUGGAAGAAUGCCUGAAGAUUAGAAGUGUGCUUGCUGAGUUUGAAGAAAUGACCACUGAGAAUAUCUCCCCAUAUACCCCAGGCCUGCCACCAGUGAACUUUGACCCCGUUGCCAUUCUCGGAGCUCGUGAAUAUAUUUUCUCUGAAAACAUUGGUAUUCUCGGUGACGUUGCUGCUGGAAAGGAACAAACAUUCGGUACUCUCUUCGCUCGUACUCUUGCUCAGAUCGGUGGCAAGCUGCAUUAUGGACAUCCUGAUUUCCUGAACGCUAUCUUCAUGAAUACCCGUGGUGGAGUUUCCAAGGCACAAAAAGGUCUGCAUCUUAACGAGGAUAUUUACGCUGGUAUGAACGCCUUACUCCGCGGUGGCCGCAUUAAGCACUGCGAGUACUACCAGUGCGGUAAAGGUCGUGAUCUUGGAUUUGGCUCCAUUCUUAACUUCACCACCAAGAUCGGAACCGGUAUGGGCGAACAGAUGCUUUCGCGUGAAUACUACUAUUUGGGAACCCAGUUGCCCCUUGACAGAUUCUUGUCCUUCUUCUAUGCCCAUCCUGGUUUCCACAUCAACAACAUCUUCAUCAUAUUGUCCGUGCAGCUAUUUAUGAUCUGUCUUAUCAAUCUGGGAGCCUUGAAGCAUGAAACUAUUCUAUGUCAAGUCAAGAAGGGUGUUCCAAUCACUGACGAACUGAUGCCAACUGGAUGCGCUGACCUCAAUCCCAUCAAAGAUUGGGUGAACCGUUGUAUUCUGUCUAUUUGUAUCGUUUUCUUGCUAUCCUUCCUUCCGCUGGUUGUUCAAGAAUUGACAGAGCGUGGAUUCUGGAGAGCGGCAACCCGUUUGGCCAAGCAUUUUGGAUCCUUUUCUCCUCUUUUCGAAGUGUUCGUCUGUCAAAUCUACGCCAAUUCUUUGCACAACAACUUGUCGUUUGGUGGUGCUCGAUAUAUCGGUACUGGUCGUGGUUUCGCUACUGCUCGUAUUCCGUUCGGUAUCCUUUACUCACGUUUCGCUGGCCCGUCCAUCUACCUAGGCGCACGGUCACUGAUGAUGCUUCUAUUCGCAACUGCUACGGUCUGGUUGCCUGGCCUACUGUACUUCUGGGUAUCGCUUCUCGCACUCUGCAUCUCACCAUUCCUUUUCAAUCCCCAUCAGUUCUCCUGGAAUGACUUCUUCAUUGAUUACCGUGAUUAUUUGAGAUGGCUAUCUCGUGGUAACUCACGCUCGCAUGCCUCGUCCUGGAUCGCAUACUGCCGUCUCUCACGUACACGAAUCACAGGUUACAAGCGCAAGGUCCUUGGUUCCCCAUCAGAGAAACUGUCUGGUGAUAUUCCACGAGCCAAAUUUACCAACAUUUUCUUCAGUGAAAUUAUUGGUCCACUGGUUCUCGUCGCCGUGACCAUCAUCCCAUACCUUUUCAUCAACGCACAAACUGGAGUUAGAAAGGAGAACAACCCGAAUGCAAAGAUCGAUCGAACCAACUCUCUCAUUCGAGUCGGUCUUGUCGCUCUGGGCCCAAUUGCGCUCAAUGCAGGUGUCUGUCUAGUCAUGUUCGCUAUGGCCUGUUGUAUGGGUCCUGUUCUCAGUAUGUGCUGCAAGAAAUUCGGUGCCGUCCUCGCUGCUAUUGCCCACGGAUUCGCCGUUGUUGGCCUCUUGAUCUUCUUUGAAGUUAUGUUCUUCCUUGAGGGCUUCUCAUUCAGCCGAACUCUCGCUGGAAUGAUUGCCGUGACUGCUAUUCAGCGAUUUGUGUUCAAGCUCAUCAUCGGCCUUGCAUUGACAAGAGAGUUCCGACAAGAUGAUGCUAAUAUUGCCUGGUGGACCGGUAAAUGGUACGGUAUGGGAUGGCACUCUCUGUCUCAACCUGGCCGUGAAUUCCUCUGCAAGAUCACCGAACUCGGCAUGUUUGCGGCAGAUUUCAUCCUUGGCCAUGUCAUCUUGAUACUCAUGCUUCCGGCCUUAUGUAUUCCAUAUGUUGAUAAGGGUCAUUCCGUAAUUCUCUUCUGGCUAAGGCCAAGUCGCCAAAUUCGCCCUCCAAUCUACUCUCUGAAGCAGUCGAAACUUCGCAAGCGCCGUGUCAUCCGCUUUGCCAUCCUCUACUUCACCAUGUUCUUCGUCUUCGCGAUUGUUAUUGCUGGCCCACUAAUCAUGAAGAGUCUCAAGAUCAAUCUUCCAUCGAACAUUCCCUUGAAGUUGCUGCAACCUAGUGGUCUGAACAACAACGACACAAGUUCCAGCCACACCGGAAAGGCCGCAAGUGGUGGCGGUGCGGAAAGCACUGGCAACGCGAAGCUCUUCCGCUUCUAA